AUGCUUCCGGGGGGACUCGAGGACGGGAAGCGACGCGGCGCCACCGCCGACGAGGACGCCGACGCUGCCACCUCGGCGUCGGCGGCGUGCCUGAACGACCUCUGCGCUACCGCCGCUGGCGCUGGCGCCGCGGCGGGGGCGCCCGCGCCGCCGUUCCCGAGGGCGGCUGCGUGGGCGGUCGCCGCGCUGCUCGCGGUGGGCCUCGGGGUCGGCGCCCUCGUCCUCGCCGUCGUGCAUAGCGCCGCGCUGCUCGUGGUGGCCGUCCUCCUCUCGGCCGCCGUGGCGGCGUUCCUUCUGUGGAAUGCCGCCGCCGCGGCGUCGGGCCGCGCGCUGCGCCGGUUCGUGGACGGGCUCCAGGCCUCCAGCCUCCGCGUUGCGGCCGAUGGCCAGCUCGUCAAGAUCACCGGAUCUGUUUCAUGUGGCGAUAUUUCACUGAUCUCUUCAUAUGAGAAGGUUGAGAAUUGUGUAUACACAUCUACUCUUUUAAGAAAAUGUGCAAGAUGGGGUUCCAUGACACAAAAUCCUUGGAAUCAAUGUUCCAAGUGGAAAUUAGCACAUGCUGAGAGGUUUGCUGCUGAUUUCUACAUAACGGAUGCAAAAUCAUUUAAAAGAGCCUUGGUGAAAGCUGGGCACCACUCGAAGGUUGUGCCUCUGAUCGAUGAAAAUCUUCUGGUGACAACAAGCAGGGACACUAAGUUGUCUUCCACUCUAAAGUAUUGGCUGGAAGAAAGAAACCUUUCUUCUGAAGAAGCUCAGGUUAUCCGUCUCGAGGAAGGGUAUAUCAGAGAAGGAAUGCGGUUGAGCGUGAUUGGAAUGUUGAGCAAGAAGAACGGGGAUGCCAUGAUACUUCCUCCGCCGGAGCCUCUAUCGACGGGCUUUGUGUUGCUGUCGUGUCUCCUCCCAUCAUAUUUUGACGGAAUAGUGCUGAGAUUGGUCGACAGAAGUCACUUCGUGCCAAACUCUAGCGUCUCAUGA